AUUAAAUUGGCUAGUCAUACUGUUCAGUAACAUUAAGACGUCAAGAUGAUGCCAGGUAUGCCAGAUCCUAAGAUUCAGGUCGAAGUCGAUCCAACCGAGGAUACAGAAUGGAACGAUAUUCUUCGUGCCAAAGGUGUAAUUCCUGAAAAAGAACCAGAUCCUACUGAACAGUUGGAAGAGGCUUUGGCUGAUGCAGUUUUAAAUCAACACCAAAAUAGAUUAGAAGGCUUAAAUUUGGAUGAACUAGAUGCAUUGGAGGAUGACGAAGAUGAAGAUUUCCUUGAAAGCUACAAGCAAAAGAGAAUGGCAGAAAUGAGAAAACUUGCGAGAAAUGAAAAAUUUGGGUCUGUUUAUCCAAUUACCAAGCCAGAAUGGCAAAAAGAAGUCACUGAUGCUUCUAAAAACGGGGCCGUGUUUGUCCACUUAUCUUGCGAAAGCCAAAUACAAUCUAGACUACUAAGCGUUCUACUUCGCUCUGCUGCGUUGAAGUUCAAAGAUAUCAAAUUUUGCGAAAUAGAAGGCCGUAGAGCAAUUGAGGAAUAUCCGGACAAAAAUUGUCCCACAAUUUUGAUUUAUAAAGAUGGAGAGUUAAUCAAACAACUAGUUACAUUACUAAUGUUAAACGGAAAUGACACUACAUUGAAAGAUAUAGAAGCCUUAUUAGUUGAUUUGCACUGUCUUGAUGACAACGAUAAAAGGCUUAUAAUAAAUCAAGACGAAGAUGAAGACUUGAAAGAAUCUCGCAAACUAAGAUUUCAAAAGAAAAGUUUGAGCAGUAAAAGUAAUCUUUCUGAGGAAGAAGAAGAUGACGAUUUUUUUAAUUGAGAUGGGAAUGAAUUUGACGUAGGUAAUAACUAAAUACUACAUGUUUAAUAGGAACAAAACGAUGUAUUCAUAAAAAGGUAAGAACAGUAAAAUACAUAAACUUUGUCGUGCUCUGCUUAGGUAGUAUAAAGGAAUGAAGAAAAAUCAUUAUAAUUAAAUAUAUUCAUUCAUGCAGUAGACCAACAUAUAACCAUUUACUUUCUUCACCUCUGCUUCAGUUACUCUCGUAAUUGUGGCAUCAUCAAACUUGAACCACGCACCGUUGAUGGUUUUAACAUAAGCCAAAUAAUGCCCUGUAUUGACGUUUCCCAAAUGACAAAUCACACCAAAAAGUU